AUGGUAGGCAAUCUUAUAGCUAGGCGAGGACAACUUAAAGGCAAUCUAACACGAUUUUGGAACUAUGUGGCUGCUACGGACAAUGAUCCUAAGCAAAUCAGCAUGCGAAAAUCAAAAAUCGAAGAGGUAUGGGACGAGUUUCACCAAGUACAGUCGGAGAUUCGAGAAGACGAAGAUGCGAGCGAGCAUGAGGGAUAUCAACUGGAUUUUGAAGAAUUAUAUUUCAAGGCGAUGGCUAAAGCGGAAGAGAGACUUCAACAAUUGGAAGUGAAAGAAAAUUCGUCUAUCAAUACGCAGAUAGAAAAAGAAAAAAUCAACGUGAUAGAGACAGGUAAUACCGUACCGUUGAUGAAAUUAGCAGCAUUGAACGUACCCGUAUUCUUGGGUGUAUACGACGAAUGGGCUUCGUUUUAUGAUAUGUACACCGCGUUAAUUCAUGAUAAUGAUAACCUAACUACAAUACAAAAGUUCUUUUAUCUACGUUCUUCGUUAUCUGACGACGCGGCGAGUUGUGUUAAGAACCUGGAAACCACCGCUGAUAACUAUGAACACGCAUGGAACAACUUAGUUACGAGGUACAAUAAUAAAAAAUUAUUAGUACAAACUCAUGUAAAAGGUAUUUGUGACUUACCUACAGUUAAAGCAAGUUCGUCCACUAGUUUACGACAAUUCUCGGAUAGUUUACGCGGUCACAUAUCGGCAUUAAGAGCAUUGAAACAACGUCCGUCAGAGUGGGGACCGUUGUUGACACAUAUUAUACGUACCAAAUUAGAUGCUAUCACUAUUAGCGAUUGGGAGACAAGAUGUGCAAGAGACCAAAUUAAAGAAGUUGACGAAUUAAUCGAAUUUUUAGAAUCACGUUUUCACGUACUAGAAGCAGUCGAGUCGGCUAAAAGGAUGUCCAAUGUUUCUAAAAAUGUCAUCGAAAAUAAUUAUGCGAGUCGAAAGGGACAGUAUACAAAAAAUACCACAUCAUCUACUUCUUUUGUAAAUACCUCGGAAAUAAAAUGCUACGUAUGCCAACUAUCGCACACUAUAUACAAGUGUCAAAAGUUUAUCGCACUAUCAGUGGUUGAUCGAAUUAAAAAGAUAAACGACCUUAAUUUGUGCAAUAUAUGUCUGCGACAUCACAAUAAAAAGAAGUGCUUUGCGCGAUAUUGCUUAAAGUGUGCUAAGCCACAUAAUACAAUGUUGCACAUAGACAAUUACAAACGCCAACAAAAUUCAAAGACUGAAACAUCGGAAGUAAACAGCAAAAUUUCGGAAGAAACAGCCACAUCAAGUACAGUGACAGCCCACGCAUUUACGUUGGGUGAACAGGUAUUAUUAGCCACGGUAGUAGCUCUAGCCGUGAGUCCCUACACGAAAACAGCAACAUGUCGAGCUUUAUUAGACUCCGGGUCACAGAAAAACUUCAUUACCGAAGAAAUGGUGCAAACAUUACGUUUAAAAAAAGAUAAAAUUAAACACGUAAUUAGCUGUAUCGGGGAAAUAGUACAACAUGCGUCGUCGUCAGUAUGGCUAAAAAUAAAAUCCCGCGUAAGCAAUUAUUCAGUGUAUUUACCGUUAAUAGUAGUACCAAAAAUUACGGGUCAAUUACCUCCACAAAAUAUAAAAACAACAUGUAAUAUUCCCGAUAAUAUUAAAUUGGCCGAUCCACAUUUUAAUACACCACAAAAAGUCGACAUAUUAUUAGGUGCCACACAUUUUUAUGAAUUUUUAAGCGAUGGACAAAUACGUCUUUCUACGGACGGGCCGUUAUUCCAGAAAACAGUAUUUGGAUGGGUAGCUGCUGGAUCAAUAUCGGAAAAUAGUUUAUCAAAGAUAUCGACAUCGAACACGUUUUUUAGCACAACUAAUAUUGAGCCUACACUAGAGAACGUAUUACAACGAUUUUGGUUGAUUGAAAACGUAAGCGACGCGCCACCUUACACAAUCGAAGAACGUACUUGUCAAGAAUAUUUUAAAAAUACCGUUAUUAGAAAUGACGAAGGGCGAUUUGUCGUAUGCCUACCGUUUCGCGACGACGUAUCAAAAUUGGGAAAAUCGUAUGAGAUCGCUAAACGUCGUUUUUUAGCAAUAGAACGUAAAUUCCAAAAAGACAAUAAACUAAAGGAAGAAUAUUGUUCUUUUAUGAAAGAGUAUGAAUUAUUAAACCAUAUGGAACGAUUGGAUACGAACGAAUCAGAAAACGCAGAACAAACGUAUUAUCUGCCCCACCACGCUGUAAGAAAGGACAGUAAACUGCCACAUUACAAAUCUUUCGUCGUGAAUUCGACGUAA